CGGUGACGCUUGAUUGUUGAAACUUGAAACCUGCCAUGGCGAGCGCUAAACAUGGUGUAGGUGUAAGGCUGAGGGGGUACAUCAUAUAUCAGACAGGUGGAAGCUAGCUGGGACUCGUACCUGAUCUUCCAUCUAAUUCGAUUUACACAAGCUCUACCAUACCAACCGAACCGCAUUCCCAAGCAUAGAAGAGCAGAAAACCAGCAGUCAUGGCCAACAAAGAAGAGAAGCCUCAGGAGCAGCCCAAGGGCGGCGACCACAUCCCUACAGACACCCCGGAGGAGGAAGAAGACACCCAGCCCAAGGGCCUCCUGAGCAAAAUCGGUGACCCAGUCGGAAACGUUCUAGGCACAGCCCUCCGCCCGAUCGGCGCGCCCCUUGAAAAAGGCGUGACAGGGCCCUUGGGCAACGCAAUCGGCGGUACCACACGACCAGCACUCGGUCCCUUGCUGGGUGAAGAUCACGAGAAGAGCGAGUUGCUGGGCGGGAAGAACAAGGACAGCUAUGAGAGCAAGCCGGAGAGCGUGGCGGGGAAGGAGCAGACAGGGCAGAAUCCGCUGGGCUUGGAUCAGACGGGGCGGUGGGGGUUUGAGGAUGAGAAAUGA